UUCCUUCUUCCAGGCCACAUCGGAGACCAGCCAACAAAAGCUGCCUCCACCAUGAAGCUGGUGACAGUCCUCAUGCUGGUGGCCCUCCCCCUCUACUGCUAUGCAGGUUCUGGCUGCGCAGUUCUCGAGGAAGUGGUUGAAGAGACAAUUGAUCCCUCACUGUCCACGACUGAGUAUUUGGCAGCUAUUCGCGAGUAUGUGUCGGAUGAUGCCACUGCAAAGGCCGCAGUGGAACUGAAGCAAUGUUUUCUCAACCAGUCAAAUGAAACUCUGAACAAUAUCAGAGUGAUGCAGGUAAUUUCGAUCUUUGGCUCAGAGGACUACAGAGAACGGUCAGAAAUCAACUGUCUAUUGCUGUAA